UUCCCGCCUCCCCGUGAAGCCUGGUGGGGCCCCUAUCCCCUAGCGGGACGUGGACGUGCACCCCCAGAUGUCGAGCCCCGCCUCCCUGCGUCUGCCCGGGACUGGGCGGGCGGGGCCCGCCACGUGGAGCUCAGACCAGAUUCUCCAAGGCGCCUACGCUGUUGCCGCGGCGUAGCUCCGGCUCGGCCCUUCGCCCCACGUCAACAGCGGAGGCUCCGCGGCCUGCGUUUACACCAACGCCGCUGACGUAACGUCAUCUUGCGGGACGUGGACGGAAGAAAAAGGAGAGUAAGCCGGCGCCAGAAUCGGUCCGGCGUGGAGUGCGGACGAGGCGGCGGGCCAGGGCAGUGAGGUCGGGCGGCGGCGUGAAGCAGAUACUUUGAUCAUUGACUACAUCGCAGCAUGUUGAGUCAAGUCUACUGCUCCGGGUCCCAGCCCUUCCGCCAGCGUCUCCUGCCCUGGGUCCAAUCCACAGCCCUCUCCAGAUCUCGAGCUACAGAUCGUGUCCAGCCUUCAGCCAUCAGACAUGUUCGUUCUUGGAGCAACAUCCCCUUUAUCACUGUACCCCUCAGUCGUACACAUGGCAAGUCUUUUGCCCACCGCAGUGAGCUGAAGCAUGCCAAGAGAAUCGUGGUGAAACUUGGAAGUGCUGUAGUAACCCGGGGGGAUGAGUGUGGCCUUGCCCUGGGGCGCCUCGCAUCUAUUGUUGAGCAGGUGUCAGUGCUCCAGAAUCAAGGCCGAGAGAUGAUGCUGGUGACCAGUGGAGCCGUAGCCUUUGGCAAGCAACGCUUGCGCCAUGAGAUCCUUCUGUCUCAGAGCGUCCGGCAGGCCCUGCACUCGGGGCAGAACCAGCUGAAAGAGAUGGCAAUUCCAGUCUUAGAAGCACGAGCCUGCGCAGCCGCCGGACAGAGUGGACUGAUGGCCUUAUAUGAGGCCAUGUUUACCCAGUACAGCAUCUGUGCUGCCCAGAUUUUGGUGACCAACUUGGAUUUCCACGAUGAGCAGAAGCGCCGGAACCUUAAUGGGACACUUCAUGAGCUCCUCCGAAUGAACAUCGUCCCCAUUGUCAACACAAAUGAUGCUGUCGUGCCCCCAGCUGAGCCCAAUAGUGAUCUCCAGGGGGUAAAUGUUAUUAGUGUUAAAGAUAAUGAUAGUCUGGCUGCGCGUCUGGCCGUGGAAAUGAAAACUGACCUCCUGAUUGUUCUUUCAGAUGUAGAAGGUCUUUUUGACAGUCCUCCAGGGUCAGAUGAUGCAAAGCUCAUUGAUAUAUUUUAUCCUGGAGAUCAGCAGUCUGUGACAUUUGGAACCAAGUCAAGGGUAGGAAUGGGUGGCAUGGAAGCCAAGGUGAAAGCGGCCCUCUGGGCUUUGCAAGGUGGCACUUCUGUGGUUAUUGCCAACGGAACCCACCCAAAGGUGUCUGGGCAUGUCAUCACAGACAUCGUGGAGGGAAAGAAAGUUGGCACCUUCUUUUCCGAAGUAAAGCCUGCAGGUCCUACCGUUGAGCAGCAGGGAGAAAUGGCUCGAUCAGGAGGAAGGAUGUUGGCCACUUUGGAACCUGAGCAGAGAGCAGAGAUUAUCCAUCAUCUGGCUGAUCUGUUGACGGACCAACGUGAUGAGAUCCUGUUAGCCAACAAAAAAGACUUGGAGGAGGCAGAGGGUAAAGACCAAGUGAUUCGGAGGAGACUUGCAGCCCCUCUGCUGAAACGCCUGAGCCUCUCCACAUCCAAAUUGAACAGCCUGGCCAUCGGUCUGCGACAGAUUGCAGCCUCCUCACAGGAUAGUGUGGGGCGUGUUUUGCGCCGAACCCGAAUUGCCAAAAACUUGGAACUAGAACAAGUGGCUGUGCCGAUUGGAGUCCUGCUGGUCAUCUUUGAGUCCCGUCCUGACUGUCUGCCCCAGGUGGCAGCCUUGGCUAUUGCAAGUGGUAACGGCUUGUUACUCAAAGGAGGGAAGGAGGCCACACACAGCAAUCGGAUUCUUCACCUUUUGGCCCAAGAGGCCCUCUCAAUCCAUGGAGUCAAAGAGGCCAUACAGCUGGUGAAUACCAGAGAAGAAGUGGAAGAUCUCUGUCGCCUAGACAAAAUGAUAGAUCUGAUCAUUCCACGUGGCUCUUCCCAACUGGUCAGAGAUAUCCAGAAAGCUGCUAAGGGAAUCCCAGUGAUGGGGCACAGUGAAGGGAUCUGCCACAUGUAUGUGGAUUCAGAGGCCAGCGUCGAUAAAGUCACCAGACUGGUCCGAGACUCUAAAUGUGAAUAUCCAGCUGCCUGUAAUGCUUUGGAGACUCUGUUAAUCCACCGAGAUCUGCUGAGAACUCCAUUAUUUGACCAGAUCAUUGACAUGCUGAGAGUGGAACAGGUGAAAAUUCACGCAGGCCCCAAGUUCGCCUCCUACCUGACCUUCAGCCCCUCUGAAGUGAAGUCCCUCCGAACGGAGUAUGGGGACCUGGAAUUGUGCAUUGAAGUGGUGGACAGCGUCCAGGAGGCCAUCGACCACAUCCACAAGUACGGCAGCUCACACACAGAUGUCAUCGUCACGGAAAAUGAGAAAACAGCUGAGUUCUUUCUCCAGCACGUAGAUAGUGCCUGUGUGUUCUGGAACGCCAGCACCCGCUUCUCUGAUGGCUACCGCUUCGGACUGGGAGCCGAAGUGGGCAUCAGCACAUCGAGGAUCCACGCACGGGGACCGGUAGGACUUGAGGGACUGCUCACUACUAAGUGGCUGCUGCGGGGGCAGGACCAUGUGGUCUCGGAUUUCUCAGAGCAUGGAAGUUUAAAAUACCUUCAUGAGAACCUCCCUGUGCCUCAGAGAAAUACCAACUGAAAGCAUUCCAAGAAGAGCAGGGAAAGAUUCAAGAGGUCUUCACAGUUAAGCUUGUCUUCAGAAUCUCCGGAGAUGAGCCAGGUCUCAUCUCCCACUCCCGGAAGGGUCUGCCUGUUGGAAAGUGCACCGAGAUGCCUCUGGGCUCCAUUUGGCUAUGCCAGUCUUGGCACAUGUGCAUAUUCCAAUUCACCCUUCUCUUUUAUAGUUAGAAAAUAAUCGCUAUGAAUGGGGACUUUGCUUAAUUGCUGCAGUUAGGGACUUCGCUUCACACAGUGCAGUUCCCUUCAUGAUAGAAACAGAAAGGUGCAGCUUCCCCACAAAAAAGGCAACAGGAAAAUCAUGGACGCUUUUACCUUUUUAUCGCCUCAGUGAGGUAACGUCUCCCCUGACGUUUGGUUGGCACUAGGGCCCAUCACACCUAAUCUGUCUUUCCACAUUUCAUCUCUUUAUGCUCACACUCAUCUUCAAAAAGGAAAGGUUUGGAAUUUAGAAGGGGGGCAGCUCUUCUUUUUAGCAUUCUCAUCAGAAACAGUCACAAAAAUGGACUGAAUCAUUUCCAUUGGGAAGAUUGACCUUUUGUAUUUAUUGUGGAGUAAAGAUAAAGCAGCAUUUCAGAUGCUUGUGCCUCUCCGGACCCAGAAGAUUCGGCAUGACUCGGGAUGCAGUUGGAACCUGGAGCUGCGAGUCCCAGGAUGAAGUAUCUACAGCAAUUAUGCUUGAAAUUUUUAUAUAAAUUAUUUUGUCAUCCUACCCUUUUCCUCCAAAACACAAAUUAGAAGGUUAUUUUAAUACUUUGGAUUCUUCCCUCUUUUUGAGAAAUAAAGUUCUUAUGAAAA